CGAGUCGCGCCGCGCAACAAGACCAACAAAGAGAUAAAACAGAACGAUCUCGAGCGACUCUAAGAACCACUGCCGGUCUCUUGAGCUUCACUUCAUUUGCGCGAAUUGCUAAUAUACUACCUUCUUUUCCGAAUUGCCCCCAUACUCCGCCCAGCGAAAAUGCCUACCAUGUGGUUAUCAGAUUCGCAAAAAAUUGGAGUCGCCUUUUGCUCCGGCGGCGGCUUCUUCCUCGUAGCAGGCGUCCUCCUUUUCUUCGACCGCGCCAUGCUCGCAAUGGGCAACAUCCUCUUCCUGAUCGGGCUCACCAUCAUCAUCGGCCCGCAAAAGACGGCCCUCUUCUUCGCGCGCAAGCAGAAGCUCAAGGGCACCGCCGCCUUCUUCGGCGGGCUCGCCCUCAUCCUGCUCCGAUGGCCGCUGACGGGCUUCCUGGUCGAGCUGUACGGCAUCAUGGUGCUGUUUGGCGACUUCCUGGGCACCAUCGCCGGCUUCGCCCGCAAUCUGCCCGUCGUCGGGCCCUACAUCGGCCUGGCCGUCGACCGGAUCGGACUGGGCGAGCGCAGGAACGCCGAUCUGCCUGUUUAAAGGAGAAGCAUAGAAGGAACGUGUGAGGAGGCGCCGGGGAAAAAGGGGAAAAAAAAAAGAGGGGGCGAGCUGAGCAGUUCUAAGAGGAGAUGCGAUAAGCUGGCAACCAAAGGCGGUUGCUGUCGCUGUCCUUUUGAUGCCUGGGCGGGAUAUAAUAACCAUAUAUGUAACACGAGGGCGGCAGAAGACGUGCUCGCGUUUAGGGAUCCCCGGAGGCGAAGGGUGAUGAUGAUGAUGAGCAACCCCGCCCGGAGCUGAGAGGAAAAAGGGGAAGAUUUUGGAUGAUGCUUUACGGGUCACUGGCCGGUUCCUCGUCGGAAGGAGCAUGAUGACGGCGUUCUGGGAGACGUUACAAUAAUGCUAUUUUUUUAAUGAGGAGGGAGUUCUGGUUCCUGGCAAAAGCUCUGUACUCUA